CCUCGCCCUACGAAUUCAUAAACCCUUCUUCAACCCUCUUCAAUCAACUUCUCUGUUCUGCAAAAUAUGAGUUCACUCGCUAUGAAGCUCACAAGAUCGUUACGCUUCUCUAUUCCUUCCCAAUCCAGCCCUCCAUUAGCAGUGGGCGCCCAAGGAAUCUGGAAGAAGUUUUACUCAUCUUCUGCUCCGUUCGACAGUGCUGAUGAGGCAGAUAGUAAUCCAGCUGAUACAAUCGACGAUGAUGAUUUCCUUCCCCAAAAGCCGGAGUUACAAAUGCAAGGAGUUGAUCCCAGAAAGGGUUGGGGGUUUCGUGGUGUGCAUAAGGCGAUUUUAUGUGGAAAAGUUGGGCAAGCACCUCUGCAAAAGAUCUUGAGGAAUGGUAGAACUGUCACCAUUUUUACUGUUGGAACUGGAGGAAUGUUUGAUCAAAGAACAAUUGGAGCCAAAGACUUGCCAAAACCAGCUCAAUGGCAUCGUAUUGCUGUACACAAUGACACGCUUGGUGCUUAUGCAGUUCAACAACUUGCCAAAAACUCUUCAGUUUAUGUAGAGGGUGAUAUUGAAACAAGAGUUUACAAUGACAGUAUUAAUGGUGAAGUAAAAAAUAUACCCGAGAUCUGCAUUCGUCGUGAUGGAAAGAUUCGUCUUGUGAGAUCAGGAGAAAGCAUGACCAGUAUUUCCUUUGAUGAACUACGUGAAGGGUUGAUUUAAAAGACAGUCAUUUUUUACUUGUUUGUAAAAUGGAAUUGACUCAAGGGUCUGAAUGGGUUUAGAAGGUACACCGACCCAAUCCUCAAAGGGUAGGUAUGUAAUUUUGUUGAAACCAAAUUUCUUUUUGUAUUUUAAUUGCUUAUGAUAGCAAAUUGUUUUAAAGACAGACUGAUUGUAGGUUUGAGUUUCUCUAAUCAGGAAUCCUUUAUUUGGCUUGCAAAUGUUUGUUUUUGUAAGAAAUGACAUUUGAUAAAAGAUUGGGAUCUUAAAGAAGUAUAAUUUGUAAC